GUUUGUGUGAAGUCCCCGGUUCCCUCUGCCUGAAUCUCUUCCUCUGAAGCGGUCACCAGCGUGUGGAGCCUGCCCCACACCCAUCACCUGCCAAACCACGGCCUUUACCUGUGUCUUCCGGUGUUUCCCGUGCGACCCGUCCUGCGGGAGUGCCUCCUGGGCCACCCCAGAGUUCACGCAGCGCUCAGUGGCUCCAAUGGUGAAGAUGACAAGGUCCAAGACUUUCCAGGCAUAUCUGCCUUCGUGCCACAGGACCUACAGCUGCAUUCACUGCAGGGCUCAUCUUGCCAACCACGAUGAGCUCAUUUCCAAGUCCUUUCAAGGAAGCCAAGGACGAGCAUACCUCUUCAAUUCAGUAGUUAAUGUGGGUUGUGGCCCUGCAGAGGAGCGGGUGUUAUUAACAGGAUUACAUGCGGUUGCAGAUAUUUACUGUGAAAACUGCAAAACCACACUGGGUUGGAAAUAUGAACACGCUUUUGAAAGCAGCCAGAAGUAUAAAGAAGGCAAAUACAUCAUUGAACUAGCUCACAUGAUCAAGGAUAAUGGCUGGGAUUGAGUGGAAAGAGCCCAGCCCUACCAGCGUGUAAGAGAAUGCCAUCCAACCGAACAUUAUAUCCAAGAGUGAGAGAGUGACUGAACGCUUGGUUCCAUGCAUUUAGAGGCUCUGCAAUUUGGGAGCAUCUUCACACCCUUCUCCAUCUUUAUUGGUGACUGGCCUCUAAAUUUCUGUCUCUCUGUCUCUUUGCUUUGUAUCUGUUUGUGAGUUGACCCUGGCUGCUUCUCUCUCUGUUCUGGCGUUGGCUAAGAGAAUGCACCGAAUGCCCGACAGCCAUUCCAUGUUGACGAAUGUUUAAGUACAAACUGAAGUUGGCUCUGUGGUGGCAUUUUAUCAGAAGGUCUCGGUGCGGGAGGAAGACACGAGUUUUGGGCAGGAGAAGGUGAUAGGGGGUGGGGAGUGGGCCCGAAGGGAAGCCAUCAGAAGCUGAAACUGUACUUCUCCUUUAAGUCCUGGUUAACCAAGGCUUGAAACUAUCUACUUGUCUAAAUGGACAGAAAAAUACCUCACGGCUGCGUUCUCUCCGAAUCGUAAAACCGCUGCUCCAUCGGUGGAGCUUCAGUCUAAGUCGGCUGAGCACAAGUCAUAACCAGUUCCCCCCCGCAAGCUAAUCACAAAUCUGUGUUUUGUUUGCUAUUUAUGAACUUGCUGUUUGGGGAGGGGGGGGAGGACCUGAAGGCUGGAGAGGUUCCCCGCCUCUCCUUUUUCUCUCUGUUUCAGGGUAGGUAGGCCAAACAUCCCAACAGAGCACAGCUGUGGGGAGCAUCCUCCCAGCUGGAGAAACCAAAUCCUGACUCUUGAGCCCUUCAGAGAGGAGGAGAAAACCACUUAAGGCACGAUGGGGCUGGACCUGCAGCUUAGAAGAGAUGACAGGUGGAAAAAAAAAAAAGGCACGUGCUAGGCAAGAAAGAGGAAAUUAUGUAGAGGAGGAUGGGGACAAACUUAGUAAUGCAGGGUACCCCUUGAUUUCCCGGCCUGCGCUGAGCAUCCCUGGGAGUCUUUUACCA